AUCAUAUAUACCAAAUAGAAUUUUAGUGCAACAUUCCACCCAUUCUGCACGGACGAAACAUUUGGUCCACUAUUAUUACGUUGACGUAUUCCUAAUCUAAACUAUGGCCAAAUUUCUGUAUCUUUCGUCGAGACGACCCUCUCAAUCAUCGAGUCAGUCACAGCAAUAACUUAUACUUUCGGAACCCCUUUUUGUUUUUCAGCUACUCUAUGACGGUGUACGGAAUUCCGAAAAAUAAUUUCACGUGAAAAUACACGAUUUUUACUGAUCACGUGGUUGCUAUCCGUCUCUACCUUAAACACUCUGUGAACUGCAGUCGUGUGAAGAGUGGCGUCAUAAUGAAGAGCGUGCACGUGUUUCCACCAAUCUUUGGAGAAUAUGGUUUCAGCACAAUUUGUUAAUAGGAAAACUAUAGGGAUUCUUCUCCUGAUAGUAAUUGGAAUUUAUGGAAUGCAAUACACGUACAAAAAGUUGUACUUCAAUGAUCAACAUCAUAAAAUUAUCCGUAUGGCAAACGUGUCUUCAGCAUCAAUGCCUUCGUGUGGAAUCCAGGGAAUUUUCACAGAAGAACGGAAGAUAAUAACACCAAAUCUAACGCAAGUCAGGUCUAUAUUCCCCGAUAUUAGAACUGAUAAAUGCAUAGAAUCAGUGAAGUGGAAACCUAUACAACCUUUUUCAGAACUUGAAUUGAUCAAGUAUAACGAGUGCAUAAAAAGUAAUGCCGAUCCUAAAGACGUAAGCACUAACAGCAUGCGUCGUUUGGAUAGGACUGUCAUCUAUUCACAUUUUACUUUUCUGAAGAGGAAAUCUGAUGUUGCUAUCGUUGAAGUCGGGGGAUAUACCGGGAAUCUUUUAAGGAAUCUCAUACCAACCACUGGAGCCAAAUACUAUGUGGUUAUAGAACCAGUUCCGAGUUUCUACAGUAUGCUUUCCAAAAGUAUUUCAAUGCUUCGUUUAAAUUCUUCAGUCACAACGUACAAUUUCGGUCUCGGUAAGCGAUAUAUGGAUUCAGCUGUCGGUGUUCAAGGAGAUGCAACUGCAAUCACGAAGAAUAGCGUUGGAAAACGGACGGAGGUUAUCCACGUCGUGAGCAUCGUGGACUUCUUCAUUCAGUUAGGCCUCGGUUGUCGUUCAUUAGACCUCCUGACGAUUAACUGCGAAGGUUGCGAAUUUGUUGUUUUGGAGACAUUAAUUUCUACUAAUCUGAUAGAUAAAUUUGAGUACAUUCAAUUCCAGCCACAUCAUGCUGUUCCCAAUCUUGGAAAUUACCCUUGUCGCUACUGUAGACUACGUCAACUUUUGGCAAGAACACACGUAGUAGCUUACGAUUAUCCCCAAGUGUGGGAAGCUUGGAAGAAUAAAAAACUAAUAAACUAAGUAGAAGUAGA